GCGUGCAUCUUCAGUGGCGCUCCGCGGAUAUAUAUUUUCAGUGAUAUUUGCGACUAUGAACUAACGAAGCAACACGAAUGAAUGAAUGAAUGCAUGAAUCCAUGAAUGAAUGCAUGACGUUUUCUAAGCGUCACUCGAUCCUGACGCGCGCUGCAGUCCUGCGCGUAAUGACGCGCACCGGAGCGAACGGACGGGGACGAGACGCUGCGCGGGACUCACUGACGGAGCUUCUGCAAAGAGCUUAAAAUUCCUUUUUUUUUUUGCAAGUUCUUUUAUUUUAUUUUUUAAAAUUUUUACGGGGGGGGGGGGGGGGGGUCAUUGACGAUGGACGCCGGGCGAGCAGCGAGCGGCGACCAAACAUGAGAGCGAAGCCCCCGCGUUGCACGAUGGGCUUGAGGACGCUGCGCCGCGACUCCAACGUCAAAGUGGACUUGCUCAUUUGGCUGCUGCUCGUCUGCACGCCCAGGGUGGAUUCGUCCUGGUGGUACAUCGGCGCGCUGGGCGCCCGGGUUAUUUGCGACAACAUCCCGGGCCUGGUCAACAAGCAGCGGCAGCUGUGCCAGCGCCACCCGGACCUGAUGCAGUCCAUCGGCGAGGGCGCCAAGGAGUGGAUCAAAGAGUGCCAGCACCAGUUUCGCCACCAGCGCUGGAACUGCAGCACGCUGGAGCGCGACCACACCGUGUUUGGCAGGGUGAUGCUGCGAAGCAGCAGAGAAGCAGCAUUCGUGUACGCCAUCUCGUCCGCCGGAGUGGUCUACGCGAUCACGCGGGCGUGCAGCCAGGGCGACGUCAAGAUCUGCAACUGCGACGGGCACAAGCGCGGCCAAGCCAGCGACCACCGAGGCAACUUUGACUGGGGUGGGUGCAGUGACAACAUUAACUACGGCAUCAAGUUUGCCAAGUCCUUCGUGGACGCCCGGGAGAGGAUGGUGAAAGACGCACGGGCGCUCAUGAACCUGCACAACAACCGCUGCGGAAGAAUGGCUGUCAAGCGCUUCAUGAAGCUAGAGUGCAAAUGUCACGGUGUCAGCGGUUCCUGUUCUCUGAGGACGUGCUGGCUGGCCAUGUCUGACUUCAGGCGGACAGGCGACUACCUUCGCAAGAAGUACAACACGGCCGUCGAGGUCACCAUGAAUCAGGAUGGCACCGGAUUCAUGGUGGCCGAGCGUGACUUCAAAGGGAGUACCAAGAAUGAGCUGGUGUACGUGGAGAACUCGCCGGACUACUGCCUCAUGGACCGAGCAGCAGGUUCCCUGGGCACGGCGGGACGCGUGUGCAACAAGUCGUCGCGGGGCACCGACGGCUGCGAGGUGAUGUGCUGCGGCCGGGGUUACGACACCAUGCGCGUCAAGCGCCUCAGCCAGUGCGAGUGCAAGUUCCACUGGUGCUGCACGGUCCAGUGCAACGACUGCGAGGACACGGUGGACGUCCACACCUGUAAGCCCCACAAGCGACCCGACUGGUUGGACCUGACCUAAGGUCAUCACGCACUGGUGCAUUGUGGGACACAGAGAUGGGAUUUUAUUUUUCAAUGAACAUUUGGCUGAGGAUCUUUUACUGAUUGAUGCUAAAACUGGAAAAUGAUGUCCAGUUAUUGAUCGUGAGCUGCUUUGAAUGUUUCUAGCCACUUGUGGCACUUUUGAAACAUUGGUUGGAAAUUGUGUUACUCAUGCUCUAGAACACAGUACAGUGAACCUCUACCCACAGCAAAAUGUUGAUAAUUGCCUGCAUUAAUACAGUAAAUGUUGAUGUA